CAAGGACCUGUACAAGGAGGCCAUGAUGGAGGAGCACCAGCCUCUUAUAUCACAAGAAAAUUCCAGCAAAAAUUCUGAGGGAAAGUUCAUGUCACGAAAUUGCAAAGCAGAAGGUAUCAUGCAGUGCUCUUUAGGAGAAAACGUAAUUAAUGUACAUCCCGGACUUCACAGUAUAGAUCUAUCAUAUGAUCCCCCUAAUCAUGAGGAGCCUUCUUCUGACCAGUCAAAGGUUGUCACCACAAAUACAGGUCACAAAAAGGUUAAAAGGUUUCACUGUGGUAAACAGUUCACAAAAAGCUCAAGUCUUUCUACACAUAGAAUUCACGCAGGAGAAAAGCCAUACUCUUGUCUAGAAUAUGGCAAGUGCUUUGCAGAUAAAUCAAGUCUUGUUACACAUCAUAUUUAUCACACAGAAGAGAAACCAUAUGCAUGUUCAGAAUGUGGGAAAUGUUUUACACAAAAAUCAGAUCUUGUUGCACAUCAGAGAAGUCACAAGGCAGAGAAGUUGUAUUCAUGUUCAGAAUGUGGGAAAUGUUUUACAUAUAAAUCAAAUCUUAAUACACAUGAGAGAAGUCACACAAAAGAAAAGCCAUAUACAUGUUCAGAUUGUGGAAAAUGUUUUACACUAAAAUCAAAUCUCGUUACACAUGAGAGACGUCACACAGGAGAGAAACCAUAUUCAUGUUCUGAAUGUGGUAAAUGUUUUACACAGAAAUCAAAUCUUGUUUCACAUGAGAGAAGUCACAGAGGGGAGAAGCCAUAUUCAUGUUCAAAAUGUGGGAAAUGUUUUACAGUUAAAUUAAAUCUUGUUUCACAUGAGAGACGUCACACAGGAGAGAAACCAUUUUCAUGUUCAGAAUGUGAGAAAUGUUUUAUUUCUAAAGCACAACUUAGAAAUCAUCAAAGAACUCACACAGGAGAGAGGCUCUAUCCAUGUUCAGAAUGUGGAAAAUCUUUUACAUAUAAAUCAUAUCUUGUUACACAUGAGAGAAGUCACACAGGAGAGAAGCCAUAUUCAUGUUCAGAAUGUGGGAAAUCUUUUACAGUUAAAUCAACUCUUGUUACACAUGAGAGAAGUCAUACAGGAGAA